AUGAGUCGAAAGCUAAAGAUAGCGGAAUAUGAGCCACUCCUGGAUAAGCUCAGAAAGAAGUUCAAAUCUUGGUCUAUCAAAUGCUUGUCUUUUGCUGGUCGUGUGCAGCUUAUUGCCUCAGUGAUUAAUGGCAUAGUCAAUUUCUUGAUAUCGACUUUUAUGUUGCCUAAAGGCUGUGUUAGGAAAAUAGAAUCACUAUUUUCUAGAUUCCUUUGGUCAGGAAGCAUAGAGGGUAGCACUGGAGCUAAGAUAGCUUGUUCUGGAGAAAUUAUAAUACGCGUUGUCUUGUUGUUGACUUUAUUGAAUUCAGUUCUUGUAAAUGGCCAAAUCUAUGAUGUGCUUAAAUUUGGUGCCAAGGGAGAUGGUCUUACCGAUGAAUCAAAGGCUUUUCUCGAAGCAUGGAAAGCUAUGUGUGGUAGUGGUGGGAAUCCAAAAACACUCCUUAUUCCUUCAAAUAAAACAUUUUUACUACAACCUCUUGUGUUUCAAGGGCCUUGUAAAUCUCCUUCAGUACAAGUUAAGUUUGAUGGAAAGAUUGUUGCGCCGAGAGAUAAGACAGAAUGGUCGGACUAUAAGUCGUUAAUAUGGGUUAGUUUUAAAAAAAUAAUUGGUUUAACAGUCAGUGGUUCAGGAUCAAUUGAUGGACGUGGUUCGUCAUUUUGGAAGCCAAGAAUGUCAGCUUCUAAACGGCCUACUCAAUUGCAUUUUAAAAAUUGCAAUAAUCUCAAUAUAAUUGGAAUAACUUCAUUCAACAGUCCAAGAAACCAUAUAGCAAUUAACAAAUGUAAAAGAGUUAAAAUAACAAAAAUUAAACUCGUAGCACCGAAAGACAGUCCUAACACUGAUGGAAUUGAUAUCUCUGGAUCAAGAGAUGUCGAUAUUUACGACACAGUAAUUGGAACUGGAGAUGAUUGUGUAGCUAUAAACAACGGAAGUGUGAAUAUCAACAUUACAAGGAUGAAUUGUGGACCGGGCCAUGGAAUAAGUGUGGGAAGUCUAGGGAAAGAUGGAGAAGAAUCUAUGGUUGAGAAUAUCCAAGUGACUAAUAGUACCUUCUUUAGGACGAAAAAUGGAGUUAGAAUUAAGACAUGGCCGAAUGGAAAAGGAUAUGCAAAAAAUAUAUUUUUUAAAGGCCUCACAUUGAGAGAAACCAAAAAUCCGAUAAUAAUCGACCAAAACUAUGUCGAUAAGGGUCGCCUAGAUGUGGAGGAAUCAGCUGUGGCAAUUAGUAACGUGAAAUUCACAGAUAUUCAUGGAACUUCACAACUCGAUGAGAUUAUAAAGAUUGAUUGCAGUAAAGUCACAUAUUGCAAAGACAUUGUUCUUGACAAAAUUAAUAUUUCUACGAUCGAAGGAAAUAAGCCAAUUGUUGAAUGCAAGAAUGUGUAUGGAAAGUCUAUUAAUGCUAACGAGGUCAAUGGUUGUUUCGAAAGAUAGUAUCCAUUUUCA